CGUCAAGUGUUUCCAGCGGGCUGUGGAAUUGCGUCGGCAGGUGAAGCACGCGACUGCAAAACCAGAUAGUGAGCUGCGUGAGGCUGAUUUUGAUGCACUGGUCACGUUCUGGUCCAAAUGAGUUGGGAGCUUUCAGAUCAAGCUCAGUAUCAUACCGGUGAACAGUGGGAUGGGUACGAUUGGGUUCCCCAAAGACCAAUUUAGCCUGAGUGCAUGCACCGCCAACGCAAGCCACCCGCUUCGUUGGCUUGCAGUAGACUCAUGCAAGCGGUCAUCAAGGCAACUGGGCGGCCUCCGUUCAGUUAACACCCAUGCUAGCAGCAGGCAACUCUACUGUGGGCACCAAGCAGCGCAACCUGCGAAACAGCAGCCUGCUAUAUUCCGAGUUCUUCGCAUCGGCCCUACGUCUUAGACCACCAGAACACUCGAUCCGAUGACCCAAGCUUAAGGAGCGUCGGCAAUGGAAGGCUCGCGCUCGCUGCUUUCCCGCUCUGCUGUCGGUAUAUCAGCAGACCGGCAUUACGCAGAUCGAGUCCUUUCGCACUCUCGGUGUGAAACUGUCAAGACUCCACAUCCCGGACCACACUAUUGGAACCUGGCAAAUUAUCUAUGCUCUGCCUUCGACAGCCUUGAGAUAAUCUCCGACAGGGAACGUGGAUCGCUGUCGCAGCCACGACCUUAUGCCAGACUUCAUCGUCUCAGCGCCAGGCUGUCCUCCUCUCUGAACCUCGCAGGAGCUGAGGAUAUGCAAGCCAUUGGCACAGACGAGCUGAUUUCUGGUGAAGAGAACCAUGUAUUAUUCAUGCAAGGGCAUCCUUCACCAUCGUGGCUGAAUGCUAUCGGGGCCAAGUACAGAAUUGAUCCCGAGUUCUGGCUACAGCAUCUCGACUUUCGUGCUUCAGUAGGGCGACCAGACCACUUUAGUUUGCCCGGACUGCCAUCAAAAAGGACUCAUUUCAUCAGGCUACGAAGUUCCACAAUCGGCCAUCGAGAUCUGGGAGCACGAUUCGUAGACCAGCGAGCUGUCGAUAAGUUGCGAGACGAAGCAGCCCAGGGCAUGAAAAAGUAUUUCAGAGCUUUGAAGCGCGCGUCUGGAUGGCAAGUCGGCGAUAUGAUUGUGCGCGAAUUUUCGGUCCUCGACGGACGACACUCUAUGUUCGAGCAAGACAUUUCCAUCUUCACCAAGGAGAUUGGGCAUGGGUGGAUUGCUGUCAUCUGGUCAGACUGUGGUACGCCCGUAUGGGGGGCACCUUGGUAUGAGGGUUCCUUUGCGGCCACGAAAUGGAUGCCCACUGUGCAAUACUGGCCUGACAUCGCACUCGAAGAAUCACGAGGAGUAGAAGUUCCGGCUCCUCCGGGAUCGAUGGUGCAGAGUGCUCAGCAUCUGCCUUACUUGGGCGAUCAGUUGAAAGACACGGAUCUCGCGCGACGCAUUCCAGCACUGGCACUCGAGGGGAUCUUUUCUCACGUUGCUGCGUCGGAAUCUCAGGUCUUGAACCUUCUCCAAACCAAGAUUGACUCUGUCCGGGACCCGAAGCGCAUGGUUGAAGAGAAGAAUCCAACCCUGCUGAACCUGCUACACUACCAGCGAAUCAUCGAACGCCACCUCGACAGGAUUAAAGAGAAUCUCACCGCCGUCGAGAAGUUCAUUGAGUCUGUUCCCCGGACGGACGUCAACGAAACACAGAAAACCACAGCUACUGUCAUUCUAAAAGCAUUACUGGAAGACUUCGCGCAUCUGAAAACCCGCGCUGAGUAUAUGCUCGGGCAGUGCAACGGCGGGAUGACCAUCAUCAUGAACAAUGCGAUGCUUCGCGAGUCGCAGCGUGCUAUCGAACAGGCAGCCACCGUCACCAAGCUGACCAAAUUAGCGUUCGUCUUCAUUCCCCUCUCCUUCGUCUGUGCAUUUUUCGGGAUGAACUCGAGAGAGAUCGACAAUGGGCAGCUUAGCAUCUGGGUUUUCUUUGCGGUGGCUAUGCCAAUCGUUCUGCUUUCCAUUCUGAUGAUGCAGGUAGAAAAGCAGCAGAUACAACGACUGGCUGCUAAAUGCCGGUCGAUGUACAAAGUAACAAGAAAUUCCGAAGAUGCGACGACAACCGGGCCCAAACAGGUUGACACAUUCGACUUGCGAACAAUGUCAGAACCGAUGGUCUGAGCGAUUCAAGAGCCACAGACGUCACACUUUUUGGACGAAUCUGCACCAGAUCUUCGAUCUCGUACAAAGCAAACCUCCGGGGGUUCGAGAUUUGGGUCCAUUUGUGAAGCGAUGGUGGUCGAGACGACGGCUGCUGCAAUGGACCACGCUCUGCAGACUGCAGCAAGUUCAAUCAUAAGAUCGAAGGGGCGAG